AUGGUUUUGACGUCGUUUAGUGAUAUUGGGAAGGCUGCCAAAGACAUUUUUACAAAAUAUUUCAAAUUCAACCUUAUAAACUUUGACUUUAAAUCAGGUACUGAAGAAAAUGUUGAUCUGCAUAUCCAAUGCACUGAAAAUGACAACCAAAUAGUUGCGGCUUCUGACGUCACGUUUAAGCCUGUCGAUGGGGUGUCCGUGAAGACGAAGGUAGACUCAAAGAACCAAAUAACAAAUGAUAUUGAAAUCAAAAAUCAGUCAUGGUCAACACGACACAAUAUCAUUACUACCGUUGAUCAUAACCUUGGCACGAAGCAACUGAAGUUGAAGAACAGUGUGCAAAAGGACAAGGUUAAUGCUGAAAUAGAAAUGGACUUCGCCUCCAAAUAUCCUCGAGCAACUGCCUCACUUGUUGUUGGUGAUAAGGGUUAUGUUGCUGGUGCACAAGUUGUAGUUGACACAAGCGAUUUCAAACUGAAAAAUCACACUUACUCCGUCGGAUACAGUGGAAAGGGUAUUGAGGUCUACGGGUCACUCAGUGAUCACAAAGACAUUGAAUGGAGAGUCCUCCAGACCUAUCAACGCAUAAGCGUUGGGUGUAUGUUUGGGUGGGCUGGGAACUUUUCAAAUACCAAAUUUGGCGUUGCUUCUUUGUACAAAGUGAAUGAGGAUACCUUUAUCAAGGGUCGAAUCGAUGAAAAUUCACACCUUGCACUUGCCUAUGGAUUCAAACCUACACCUGAUAAUGCUGCCAAUGUGGAGAAUCUGAAAAGUAGAAGUCUUUUUUGA